UCACCUCAUGUACCCCAUCCAUCACGAUCCACGAACCCACAGACAAUUGCAGUGCCAGUGCUUCACCCCCGCGUCGUUAAUCUCACGGUUCAAUAAGAUCGCCGCAUCAACCGCUGUUGCAAGCCUAUCCAUCGCCCCGACGACAAGAACAACAUCACGCCGGUUCACGUCACUAUAAAUUGACAACACCACCGUCAUGACAAACUCUAACCACAACUCCCACUCCAUCCUCAUGCGCCGUGUACACAAGAUGAAGAGUCUCUCCUCACUUUUCCCCUGCUUGCAGGCGCGGAAACUCCGUCGUCAGCGACGACAGGAUUACCAUGCCUCAUGGACAUGUGCAGGUAUCUCAGAGCUUGCACAGACCUCUGAGCUGUCCGACGCACAUGAACACGAGAAGCAUUACGAGUAUGAUCACGCACCACAGUCAGAGAAGCUCACAGCUCUCCCUGAUCAGCCCCAUGAGGCCGCCACCAAGACCCCGCAGACGACAUCAUCCAUUCGCAUUGUCCGUCCAGAGGAGUCCGAGUGCUCAACCCUGGAAUUCGAUGAUCUGCCACAGGAUCAAGAGCCUUCUGCAAAGCAGACCAACACUCUAUCUGACGAGGAAACCGACGUCGAGUGCAGCCCCAAACUGCCGCAGAAGGUGAUCACCAUGACAGUUGGGCCUCAGACUGAAGAAACCUCAACUCCUCGAGCCAACGUCCUGCCCCAGAGCAAAGACGACAUCGAUCUCGAGCUGUCCAGCCGUCGUAUCCCUCGCAGCCCGGACAAGAAGCCUCGUCCCGCCAGCAUGGACGUGCCUCCCAGCGCGGUCACCAAGCUGCCGGAGAUCAAAAGUCGCAUCAUCGAAGAUAUCCCUGAGGAUGUCGAAGAAGAGGCCAAGCAGAACGUGAAUGUCGCCGGCUCCGAGGAAGAGCAGGAUCUUGAGACCACCAAGCCUGCCAAACGUUCAUCCGCCUGGCGUCUGAGCCAACGCAAGUCCAUGGUCGAGAUCUUCAAUCUCCUCCAGUCGACCGCCGCGGCCGUCGCCUCUGCUCCUAAACGGUCCAAUAUCAAGCUUCCGAAAUCUCUUCGUCCUUCCCCAGCGCCUGAGCCCUCCUCUCCACGUCCACCCACUCCCCCGCCUAAAUCCCCUACUCUCACCACCGAAUCCGACCAGCCCUCCACCGCGGCUCCAACCCUAACGACCCCCAGCUCCAGUCCCACCAAGAAACAGCGCCGCAUGGGCACCGCCGUCUUUCCUCUUCCCCACCAGUGGCCUGAAACCCAUGAAGACAUCACCAACAUUAAAACCAACAACCAGACCCUUUUUCAUUAGCGACGGAGUUCGGGGUACCACCACCGGGGUUGUAUUUCGUCGGGGUGUAUGGUCCUUAUCGAGGGUUUGGAUGUCUUAAUGUCUUUCCUUUCUUUCACUGAUUUUUCCUUUCUAUUAACCUACCUACUUACCCAUUGUUUGGCUUCAUAAUUUUGAGGUUGUAUCUAUUUGAUUGAGGCUUCUGGUACUCUGGGAUUGAUUCCUUUGGUGGGUUGUAUGAUAGCUAAGGGGUGCUGUCUUUCUCUCUUUCUUUUUUCUUUUCUCCUUCUUUUACUUCCUUUCUUUCUUUUCGUUUCUCCUUUACCUUCUUUAUUCUUUUCCCUUUCUUUUCCUUCCUUCUCUCCCUGUCUUUCUUUUUCUAAUCUGUCAAUUUGCUGAAGUAUCCCCGGUGAUUGCGACGAAGGACGCGGAGGUGAAGGGCAAUAACGGUGUACGAUACCUCAGUUCCAUGCGCCGCGGAGAUGAAUACCUUGUACUUUAAUACCG